UUUAUUAUCGCUGUCCGUAGUAUAUACUAGAAUGACAAAACAUCACACGCUGCUAAUAUAAAACAUAAUAAAUCCAUAAUAUUUCUCCGCAAUUUUGACUCACAAUUAUGGAUCUAGCACGGAUAUGCACCAACCGGUUGUUUUAUCGUGGCACCGAAAAGUGAAUCUGGCCAUUUAGUUCCACCAGCUCUAAAAUGGAUCUAGCUGUCGCUACAAUACCAGCUAAGAAAACGGUUUCAAGAAAAAUGGCAGCGUGACCCCUCUCAGGUUUCUCUCUUCUCACUGCUACUAUAAAAAAUAUUUUGAAUGCUUGAUCAAACGUACAAACUAGAGUCGGUUGAUUUUCAUGCAAACUAUUUACUCAUACAAGUACGAUGACUCUUGAGGAAUUUAAGUGCAAUAUACUAGACGUACUAGAAAAUGAUGACUACAGAAGUUCCCUUUUGGAGAAAUUGGAGACGUUCUAUCGGACCUUUCGAUCAAAUGUCAUCGCCCAAAUCGAAAAGAAAGUCCUUUACGAGAAAGAUUGCACUAACAAGAAGUUUGUCAUUGCUACAAAGAUAUCAGAGCUACAACAGAAGAUUGAUACAGCAACAUCUAACAUAGAUGCUAGCAUAUUGCAAGAGAAAGUAAUAGAUAAGAAGAUUCUCGAUGUGAUAAAGUUGCAAGAUAAUGUAAAGAAUGAAUUAGAAGAAGCAAAAAAGCAGAAAGAUGCUUUAUUUUCAGAGAUAAUGGAUUUAGAGCUGGAAAUUGAAGAAAGGAGAAACAAAAAAUCUCAACGGUGGGACGCCAUUAAACGAGCAUGUAACAUUUACAAAGUAAACUUGGACAUGCGUAUAAGUCUCCAAGAGGAGAAAGAUUGCGACUACAUAAAAGUUGCUUUUUUCACACACAAUAAUGAAACAAAGGAUAAAUACUUUGUUCAAUUAUCAUACAGUGAUAACUGUUGGAUAGUUAAACAUUGUGAACCAAAAUUAAAGAAGGAACAUUUCAACGAGCUGAGCAUUGAACAAGACUCCUUUGGACAUUCCAAAGUAGUGGACAUUACCUUGUUCUUGUACGAGAUACGAAGUAUAUUUCUAAAAUAUUACAUAUAAAAACUAGAAAAAAUCAUAAAACAAUAAACACAAUUAAUUAAUUAUAAGAAUUCAUGGAAAGCGUAUUUUAUACAAAACAAUAUAUCUUUUUUGUUCUAUUCCUCCUUGUAGUAUGGCUGUUAUCAUUAAAAGUUCAAAUAUUUGUUUAAAUAUUUAUUCAAUUAUAUGAAUA